ACAGCUCCCAAGCCCCCCGGCAGCAGCCCCACAGAGAUGGAGCAGAAGGAAGGGAAGCCCUCUGAGGAUGGGACCACUGUCUCCCCAGCCGCAGGGACCCCGGGGACGCCGGGAGGUGAAGCCUCAGCAGAGGAGGCCAAAGGCUGCGUGGGGAGCAGCGGCACAGAGGGGCCUCCGGACAGGGCAGGGGAGCAGGAAGGAGCUCCCGCCGAGGAUGGUCCAGCGGAACCCCGGGGGGAAGCCAGUGGGCCGCCUGAGGUCAAGGUGGAGUCCGAAGCGGAGGCUGAGCUUCCAAAGGAGGACGGUGGGAAGGAAGAGACCAAAGAGGCUCCUCAGGAGACGACUGAUGGGAAAGAAGAGACCAAAUCUGAGCCCAAGGAGGCUGAGGGGAAAGAGGGGACGGUGUUGGCCUCUGAGAAGCAGAAGGCUGAGGAGAAGGCAGCCAAGCCCGAAUCCAGGGAGGAAGCCAACGUGGAGGCCAAGGCUGAGCUGAAGCCGGCCGCGGGGGAGCAGGAGCAGGAGGCUACGACAGCCGCUCAGGAGGAGAGCGACAAGACAGAGGAGCGCAAGGCUGAAGCCCAGGCGAAGGCCAGUGUCCCAGAGGCCAAGUUGGACUCUGAGAAGAAGCCUGCUCGGGAAGAUGAGGCCAAGGCUGAACCACAGGAGAGUGACACGAGGGAGGAGGUGGUGAGUGAGACAGGAGAGAGGAGGGAGGAGGCCCCACGGCGUCCUGGAGCCCCUUCAGGUGGUCCCAAUGAGGAGCAGGACCAGAGCGUGGAGAGAGAGUCGGAGGAAGGGGCAGGGGUGACUCCCAGCUCCCCUGAGGAAUGGCCCGAGAGCCCCACAGAGGAGGGCCAAGGCCUCAGCCCAGAUGGGCUGGGCCCAGACACCGCAGCUUCUGGAGAGACCAGUCCUUCAGCCAGUGAGCCUUCACACAGCGAGGUGCCCCAGAGUCCCUCGGAGCCCCCUCCCUCACAGGAGAAGAAGGCACCGGAACGCAGGGUGCCAGCCCCCGCCAGGCCUCGGGGAGCCCGCGCACAGAACCGCAAAGCCAUCGUGGACAAGUUUGGCGGGGCAGCCUCGGGGCCCACGGCCCUGUUCCGGAACCCGAAGGCAGCCGGGGCGGCCAUCGGCAGUGUCAAGAACAUGCUGUUGGAGUGGUGCCGGGCCAUGACGAGAAACUACGAGCACGUGGACAUCCAGAACUUCUCGUCGAGCUGGAGCAGCGGCAUGGCCUUCUGCGCGCUCAUCCACAAGUUCUUCCCCGAUGCCUUUGACUACGCCGAGCUGGACCCCACCAAACGCCGGCACAACUUCACCUUGGCCUUCUCCACCGCAGAGAAACUGGCCGACUGUGCCCAGCUGCUGGAGGUGGAUGACAUGGUACGGUUGGCAGUGCCUGACUCCAAGUGUGUCUACACCUACAUCCAAGAGCUGUACCGCAGCCUAGUGCAGAAGGGACUGGUGAAGACCAAGAAGAAAUGAGGAGCUGACCAACCCUGUGGGCAGAGGUGGGCAGGGUGCCCAGCUGACCAGCCACAGCCCCAAGGCUUCCUUCUGCUCCAGCGACAAGACAUCCGGGGCUUGGGCAAAGGCAGGUGGCUCCAGUCUUAACUGCAUUAAAAG